AUGGCUCACAAAAAUACAUCUGCGACUCGAAAUGAAACGUAUAGGCAGGACCACGAUCCCGACCAGGACAACCUCCAAGUGACGUCACGCCGUCGCCUUGACGACUCCAUCUUUCUAAACCAGAAAAAUGCCAUUGACCAAGACUCCUACGCCUUGGCUGGUAUUGCAAAUAGACAAAACCAUGUACCUGAUACCGGUAGGAGACACAGUCUCUUUGAAACCAUACCAGAUGAUCAAGUCGAUGAAAAUGCUGCCCUGACCACGAUGCAAAGACUACAAGGCAGGACAUGUGCGCGUGUUAGUGGCAUUCGUGACCACCCACCGCCCCAGUCUAAUACACACGCCGAUAUUGAAAACCCCUCAAGCAUUCAUAAUCAUAGUAAUACCUCUCCGACGAUCCCGGCCGCCUUGCAAGACCAAGUUAAUCCCGUUUUCGGUGCAUCUGAUGAGCUGACUGCACCACCGUUUCACCAGGCUCCCCAUGACCAAAUUAUACACCCAAGAGCCCAAGCUGAUGAAAGCAACAGCUCUCCUGUGGUGGCUACCUUGCGCAAUCAUGCCUAUGCACUGGCCAAAAGCCCAGUUGAUGCCAUGAAGAAAGAACUCAAUAGUGACAGACACGAAUUAGUUUCCAGGGUACCAGAGGUACGAGGCUCUGUUCAGACAGAGUGCUAUGGUGGCAGCAGUACAGAAUUUGCGAGAGAUGUUGGUUGGUAUGACUCUGACAUGGAUCUACACGACCCAUUGAUUGGUGGCUACACCAACGGAGAGCUUUUUGGUUUUCUAAGACGCUUCAAUAAAGAUGUCUUCGAUGUCAAAGCAUUGGCCUUUGAAAACACAAGUGGUCUAGACCUUAACGAUGCCUGGGGUCAGGAUCAUACUGGCGAUAAGCUAUCUCUGCACCUACAACGGCUUUAUCUAUCUGUGGUUCUUGGAAUCGCAAGCCUUGGCAAACAAGUCUCCCGGCUACGUUCUUGGAAGGAGUUUUACCGUACAUCAAUACUAUGUGGAAUAUACUUUACUGCAUGGAUAUUAGAUCUGCUAGUACCCUUUGCGCUUGGGAUUUCGAUUCUAGUGGUGUCUUCAGUGCAAGCCCGCAACAUAAUUUUUCCUCCUGCACCGCGUGCUCUGGUGAACAUGAGGACAGGCGGGAUCCAGAAGCCACCAGCGGGUCUACUUGGUACUAGUGACACACUGACUGGUGCCCCGGAAAAACAAACACAUGAAGCCAUUGAAGAGGAAGCAGCAAAUUUUGUCGACAAUGUACGGCACAAUAUUCAAAGGGCGCUCGGUAUGCACAACAGUCAACAAAAAGAUGGAGACGGAGAUCCACUGGAAGGAAAAGUACCCAAGCCUAUCAAAAAGGUAAUACAGGCUGUUCAAUCUGCAGGUUCUGCACCAGGGCAUGUUAUCGAGAGCACUGAUCAGACUCAACAACCGAUGGAAGAAAUUAUAUGGGCCCAAGCCAACCCGGAAGUGAUUUGCAAUAAUUUUGACAUUGCUAUCCAUUUGAUAGGAGAAUUAGCUGAUAACUGGGAGAUAUUUGCAAAGUCAGUCGCUCCAUUCCACACUCAUGACCUUACUGACACAACUUCAGUGCAAUUUCUCCCACGCCGCCCUUUUCCCGUUUUUUCUUUUCUGAGGAUAGUGGCUAUCCUUGUCCCUUCUCUUCUCCUAUCGCUUUUCGUCAACUCUUAUAUGGUUUACAAGGGGACUGGGCUUAUCAUUGGAUUCGUCAUUUUUGGCGAUCCAAUGCUGACAUCUGGAAUAGCGUGGCUCAAACGAAACAUUCCUAAUUACAUGGAGCUAGUGCAGCCAAGGAACAAUGUCCUUCAUGGUAUACCUACAAACAACCAGAUCGCGAUAACUCUUCUCCGUAUCGGUGAAGCAUGUAAAACGCCUCUUCCUCCUGUGCCCAGCUCCAAACCCGAUGACUUUGAUCAUCAAAAUGCCAUAAGUGUUGAAAGCAUACCUGUUGGUACCACCCAAUCCGAUGUCCUUGAUGCAGCCACGCCCUCAGUCGUUGAGAAAACCUAUGGCGAUGACAACGAAGAAAAGCCAGAUCACAAACAUCUUUCUAAAAUCAUCCGCUUUUUCAAAGGCAAUGCCAAAUCCGUCGUCAAGACAAAACUUGUCAUUGAUCAUAUCCGGGCCGCAACCGGUUCGCAGAAGGCAAAAGGUCACUUAGGCGUAUUGCCUGAUCCGAAAAGCAUCGUCUAUGCCGGGCCAAGCAUAUACCAAGGUCGAUAUGAGGGGAUACACGGUUGGGCGAUAAUUAAAUGCUGUGCCAGACCAAGCUUGUUAUUUACCCGCGAUGACCCAAGGCCCAUGAGCUCUAAGAAGUUGACCCCCUUGUUUGAAAUUGCCAUAAGGGAUAUGAAACGACUGAAAAGGGCGACAGCCUUUGUAAGUUCGACGGUUGAAGCAAUAGCGACGUCUUCAUCGGACCAAAAGCUACUGGCGAGUCUGGAGAUCGAAGAUAAAGAAGAGAAAACAUGGAGGUUGACAGCAAUACCAGAGCGAGAUGAGUUAUUCAAUCGCUUGAUUGCGAUAGGUAAUCAGAGAUGGGAGAACAUGUGA